AUUAAUAAUUGAUUUAAAUUCACUUAUUGAAUAACACCUUAAAACUCUUUGCCACAAAUAUAUUGUUAUUACAAUAAUUGAAGAUUUGGCUCUUUUACAAAAUGCUGACAUGUUAGCCUAACAUUGGUCAACGCAACCUACUAACAAAGGUCAUAAGAUAACAACGUUCUGUCCAAUAACCUACUUACAUCAAAAUUAAUAUGUAUAGAAAAAUAUUUGCUAAUAAAGCGCGAAGGAUUAAUGCAAGGGUCAACUAUGUAUCUUGUGUGUUUUCUCUAGAGCCACAACUCGUUGACUCCUUCAGAUCCUCCAACAAGUUAGUGGUUAGUGUGUCAUUAUCUUCAACGAUGAUCCUCUCCAACAUGUACUCCUCAACCUAUAGCAGUGUUCGUGACUUCUUGAAACUUCUCUUCUCCUCUUCCUUUUUUCAAGGAUCAUCAAUGGCUUUCACCGAUGUGAAAGAUGGGUCCAAAGGCUUUGUGAAGAGAGUGGCUUCAUCUUUCUCCAUGAGUAAGAAGAAAAAGAAUGCAACAAGUACAGGAGGAGGAAACAAUGAACCCAAGUUGCUUCCAAGGUCGAAAUCAACAGGUUCUACUAACUAUGAAUCCAUGAAGUUAACUUCAGCAAAGAAGAUUCAAGAUGCUACAAGGAUCAAACCAUCAUCUGGUGGAACGCAGCUACCAAGACGGGAAAAGAUUGAUGAUCGUGGUGGUGGUAGGACUAACAAGAGCUUUGGAAAAUGGAGAAGCUUUGAUGACAGUGAUUCUAUAUGGUUAUCUUCAGAUUGUGCAUCUCCUACUUCUCUUCUUGAAGACCGGAGGCUAUCCGUUGCGUUUCGUUUCUCGGUUGAUGAUAGUGUAGUCUCUUGGUUAUCAAAACUUGCAAAUUCUCUGAAUCAUCAAGAUGCAGCUUCGGUUAAAGACCGUUGUAGAAUCCCAAGGAGCAGCAAGGAGAGUGCAGAGAAGAAAGUCAGCUUCUCACAACUUGAACCAGAGAAGCCUUCUUCGCCUCAUGAGAUAAUAAGUGCAGAGGUGUUGGAAUCUAAGAGCGUUACUAAAGUUGAUGAGCCGCUUUUCUGGCCGUAUGAGCAGAGAUUUGACUGGACACCAGAGGAUAUCUUGAAGCAUUUCUCAAUGUCGCCGCGGAGAAAGAAGCUACUGAAUGCCAAAAUGUCUGCAGGUACCUCCUCCCCAAGAUCCAUGAGAGCACAACUUCUCCAGGCAAGAAAAGUAGAUCUCAAAGACGGGUGUAAGAAGAAGCUCGUGUUCAAUGGUCCUGUUAUAAACACAACCAAGAAGAUUCCAGAGCUUAAAAGAACAAUCAGCAAUAAGAAAAAUGAGAGUAUCAUCAAGAACGAGCCCAUCAGGAACUGUGUGAAGAGGAACAAGAGUUUGCCAUCAAGGUUGAGAAAAUCAAGCAAACCAUCAUGUUCAAAGGUUGUACCUAUAGAAGCUGCUGAAGAAGUGAUUAUUGCGGAAGAACGAGCCAAAGCUGAAAUAACAACUAGAAAGCUGAUUAACCGCAGAAGCAAGACAAUGUUGGAAGAUGAUUUUGCAUUUUUGAAUGAUUUCUCAAUUGAAAAAGCGGUGGGGCUUGGCGAGUUUAAGGGUAGAGAGGGUAUAGAUUCAGAGUUUAACUCUGACACUUUCUUGUUUGAUGAUUCUCUCUAACUAAGAGAGAUUUAUAUUUUGGUCCUGAUUAUAUCAUUGGCUCUUUAUACCGACUUUAAGAUCAAAUUCUCAUGGAGUAUAAAACAACCAUCGAGUGUGAUAAGUCUUGAGAGUUCAAGAGCUUUGUAGCCUGUUUUGUUGAUGUAAUAAUGGAGGAAAUGUGUGGAAUAUAGAUUGAGACUAUAAUUAAAAGCCCAAGAAAACAUAAAGUAAUCAGAAGGAUCUUCCUGUAAAGUUGAACUUGCACCUUCAACUAAUGUUCUCCAUCAAACUAAUAUUAACUCAUUUAUUCCAUUUGUCACAUACAAAAUCCAAGCUCAGAACAAACCAGACACAAACAUUGAGUGGUCAAUCAUAGUUCUGGAUCCUAAACUACCACAAUCAUAGUAGCUUCCAGAAAGAGCCAAGAAUGUAACUAAAGAAUAUAUGAAGCAGAAGACCACACUUGAUCAUAUUAUAUUAUACUAUGCCUUGUGUGUGUGUGUGUGUCUAUAUAUGUAUAUACCUUCUAUGCAUGGUUUUAACAUCCGGCUGCUUUCAAAAACUCAUCGUAGGGGCUUGAAGGAGGUAACCGAAACGAAUCUUGUUCCACUCCGUGUGAGCAGGAUGCGAGCUGGCCUUGAGGUUGGACUUGUGACACAGUGAGUGCCUUCUGAUCAUCUUCAUUAGCUUCUUCUGUCUACAACACACA